AUGGGAAACUGUUUGAGGCGUGAUUCGGCGACGGUAUGGGCCGGCGACGACGACGACUGGGUCGACAUUAGUUCUCAGCUGCAGCUUUGUGAUGAUUGUAAUAAUAGUAAUAAUAAGAAGAAGAAGAAGGCUUACAACCACUUGGUCGAAAAGGAGAGGCUUCUUGGUGAGAUAAUAUCAUCAGCUUCAACAUCUUCAACUUCAACUAAUGGAGAUCAGGUGAAGAUCAAGAUUACUAAAAAGGAGCUAGAUGAGUUGGUGCAUGGAGGAAACCUGCAAGGUCUUUCGUCUGUCGAACAACUCUUAGAUAGCCUCUUGACGACGAACGGCCCUGAUGAGGAUCAAAACUUCUAUGAGAUGGAUCGUCAGGAUCAGGACUUCUAUGAGAUGGAUCAUCAACGGCCCUGGAGGCCAGUCCUCCAAACUAUUCCAGAGUAUUAA